AUGGAGGAAUGCCAGACUCUUGUCUCUCUUCUUGUUGUAAGCAGGCAUAUUAUGAAUGUCUGUAGGUUACGUUUAACAGUGCCACCUGAUGAAAUCUCGCAACCUGAUCAGGGAGCAAAGGAACCUGAAAGAAAGAAAAACCUCUACCAUGUACCAAAUGGCAUGUCUCCAGGGAAGCUCUCUCAUGGAAUGGUGUAUGGCGUUGUGCACCGAACUGACAACAACCAUAAGAGGGAAAUGGUGGUUUAUGGCUGGUCAGCUGAUCAGCUGAAAGAGGAGAUGAAUUACAUUAAAGAAGUGAGAGCAACUCUGGAAAAAGUAAGAAAGAAAAUGUAUGGUGAAUAUGAUGAAAUGAAACGAAAAAUACAGCAGCUUACGAAUGAACUGAAAGUGACAAAUGCUCAUCAAGAAUCCUUAGAGAAUCAUGUGCGAGUGCAGGCUGCAGCCUUAGAUAGCUUUAGUGAAAUGAACAGCUCCUUGACAUCAGCAUCCAUAGACUUGCAGAAAACUCUAGUGGAUGUUACACUGGAGAACACUGACAUAAGAGAACAAAUAAGGAAUUUAAAACAUACGCAUGAACAAUCUAUGGAAAAGCUGAGAGAGAAGCAAAAGCAACUGGAAACAGCACAAAUUGAAAAUCAGUUGCUGAAAUUAAAGGUGGAAUCAUCGCAAGAAGCAAAUGCUGAAGUCAUGAGAGAGAUGACAAGAAAACUGUACAGUCAGUAUGAGGAAAAAAUGCGAGAAGAGGAGCAGAAACAUAAAGCUGAGAAAGAAAUCCUCCUCGAAGAAACGAAUCGGCUUCUGAAGGCUAUUGAAGAGGCGAAUAAGAAGAUGCAGAUUACAGAAACAAGCAUACAGGAAAAAGACCAGAGGAUUGGUGAGCUGGACCGGCUGAUUGAGCGCAUGGAAGAGGAACGUCACCAGCUGCAAAAACAACUUGAACUAAAUGAAAUGCAGAUAUCUGGAGCAAAAUCUGAAAACAACUCUGACAGUGAAAGGUCACAGCACCUGGAGGAGGUGGCAGCCAGCCUAAGAGAGCGAAUCAAACAUCUAGAUGACAUGGUCCACUGCCAACAGAAGAAAGUCAAGCACAUGGUCGAGGAGAUUGAAAUGCUAAGAAAGAAAGUAAAAGAAAAGGAAUUAUUUAUAAUACAGCUUUUAGAAAAAAUAUCUUUCUUAGAAUGUGAGAAUAAAGAAUUACAAGAUAAAUUGGACUUCUUAAUGGAAAACCAACCAAAGACCAAUAUAGAAACCAGAGAUGCUGGUGUAGAAUGUGAUCUUCCAUACAGGCUUCCAGAUAAGGAGCAAAGUGGAUCAUCCCAUGGCUCCUCAUCCAGUCAGUCACCUGGGGGCCUUGGCUCUCCAAUUACUACAGAAGAAAGAAGACUCAGAGAUAAGAAACAUUUGAAUGACAUCACAGCAGCUCGGCUGCCCCCCCUUCACCAUGCCCCUGCCAAGCUGCUACCCAUAGAGGAGUCUAUAGCAAUUCAGAUACAGCAAAAAGAAGCUUAUGAGGAAAUGCAAGCCAAGCUUGCAGCACAGAAGCUUGCAGAGAGAUUGAAUAUAAAAAUGCUCAGGUUUGAACCAGAGGGGGAGGCCUCAAUGCAAUACAGAGAAGUGAGAGAUGAAGAUUAUUUUUCAGCAGAGGACUGAGUUCAAGAAGAGAUGUCUGAGGAUGAGCCACGUAACUGGUUUUUAUGCAGUACUUCUUAAAGCCCAAACAUGGACAUUGAAAAUGCUCAGUCUAGUCAGUUUUGUCUUAAAAUGUUAACAUCACAGCCACAGGAAGAGCUCA